GCAAAUAAUUAAAACUGUGAGCAUAUAACUAGAUCUAUACAAGCACGUGCAACACAUGCGCCAGUUUUUAAUACUUUUGUAUAUUUAAUUUUCCAGAGCAAGUUCAUAUGAAAUCUUGCUAAUUUAACCACAUGGCUUUUGUUCAUCGUCAUAGCCUUAACCUCUCAAGUCAGCCACGUGGAAUAUUGUUGCAUGGAAAAUCCGAAAAUCAACUAGUGUUUACCGUAAGAUGUGAAAUUAGUGGAGCUGAUUUUUUCAAUGAUCAUGAAGAAAAUAGCCGAAAGAAAACGAAGAAGAAGAAGAUGAAGAUCUUGAUUGCCGGCGGAGGAAUUGGCGGCCUUGUCUACGCUCUGGCGGCAAAGCGCAGCGGAUUCGACUUCACGGUGUUCGAGAAGGACAUGACCACGGCCCGAGGGGAGGGCCGGGCCCGAGGCCCGAUUCAGCUCUCGAGCAGUGGCUUAAAUCUUCUUCAAUCCAUUGAUAAAGAUGUCACGAGUGCUAUUAUCGAAGCAAGCAAUUUAACAAGUGACGCGCCAAAUGGCAUAGCUGAUGGCCUCACUGGUCAAUGGUUGGCUGAGAUCGAUUUUCGAAGUCCGGCUAAACGAAAAGGGAUUCCGGUUAGUAAAAUGAUAUGUAGAGUGGAACUGCAGAGGAUACUACUAAAUGCAGUUGGUGAAGAUAAUGUAAUGAACAAGUCCAAAGUUGUUGACUUUGUUAGUGAUUCCAAUAAGGUUACAGUCUUCCUUGAGAAUGGCGAGCAAUACGAAGGCGAUGUAUUGGUCGGGGCCGAUGGAUUACGAUCCGUGGUGCGCUCAAAACUAUUUGGUCCUAAUAAUGAGCCAAAAAACUCGAAAUACGUAUGUUAUACGGGCGUACAAGAAUGUCUUCCCGCGUAUCUCCCUAGUUCCGGGUACAAAUUUUUCCUAGGAUAUAACAAGUACUUACUAGCCGUAGAUAUUGGCAAGGGAAGGAUGCAAUGGUACGCCCUUGUUAAAAAUCCUCCUGUUUCCUCCCAAGGUUAUAAAAAGAUGCUUCUAGAACGUUACGGAGACUGGUGCAAAGAAGUAACUGGAAUGAUAUCAAGAACAGAGGAAGAGACGAUAAUAAGAAGACCUAUUUACGAUAUUGACAUGAUGAACACGUGGGGAAAAGGACGUGUCGUUUUAUUAGGCGAUGCUGCCCACGCGAUGCAGCCCUAUUUAGGGCAAGGUAGUACCAUGGCUAUUGAGGAUUGCUAUUGGCUUAUGGUUGAGCUGCAGAAUGUUGCUAAGAGGCAUACUGUUUCCGGAAUUCCGUUACAUCAACUAACGUUAGCGUUUAGAAGAUACGAGGAUAGGAGAAAGUUUCGGGUAACGACAAUACACACAAUUUGCAGAUUAAUUGGAGAUGUGGGUUCACAUUACAAAACCUACCUAUUCGACACGGGUCCUCUUCAACUAUUCAAUGUUGUGUCUGCAGCAGUGAGUGUUAAAGAUCCUGUAUCUGUUAUUACAAUGAAACUUUUUCAGUUAGCUUUGCCGACGAUCGUGGAUUGGGUUAUAGCAAACCCCGAGCCAUGAACAUAUGAUUGGUUUCGAUUUUUCAACAAUUUUCAGAAGUUAUCUUUUCGUUAUUUUUCGAUUUUGGUAAAUGUGGUUUCGUGGUUUGUAUUCGAUUUAUAUGUCUAUUGAAUCACGAAGUUUAUGGAAACUCAGUGUGAAAUUCAAGAAAUAAAAAGAGUGAAGUUGCUUAUGGACACAUUUUGAA